GCCCAGCCCUACCAGACAGAUCCGGGGACCCAACCAAUCCGCCCAACCAACAUCGUACUCCGGCCCGGCGGCGGCGAAACCACCGCGCGGCCGCAUCGGCGAUGGCGGACGGCGCCAGCAGCAGCGGCGCCCGGGACGGCGGGGGAGGCGGCGGCGGCGAGUCGGUGGUGAUUGACUACGGCCGGCGGCGCACGACCUGCGGCUACUGCCGAUCCACCGGCCCCACGAGCAUCUCCCACGGUCUGUGGGCUAACAGUCUGAAAGCUGAUGACUAUCAAGCUCUUCUUGACCGUGGAUGGAGGAGGUCUGGCAGUUUUCUCUACAAGCCUGAGAUGGAACGGACAUGCUGUCCGGCAUAUACUAUACGCCUGAAGGCAAGUGAUUUCAUUUGUUCCAAAGAGCAAGACCGUGUACUUAAAAGGAUGCAAAGGUUUCUUGAUGGAGAGCUUGACCCACAGGUUGGAAGUCCACAGUGCAAGACUAACCCUACGAAACGUUCACUCAAUGAACCUAUGAAUUCACCAACCUUGAAAGUAUCCAGGGUAUCAGCAUAUGAAUUUCAAACAGCCACGGAUCCAAGUUUAGACAAAGAAGAUGAGUUUAUUAGUUUCCUGUCUAGCAAAAUCAAUGAGGCAAUAGCUACGUGCUUCCAAGGUGGAAUAGCAGGUUCUGAUGUUGAACUCCCUAAAGCUGUUGUGAAGACUGUUAAACCUCAAGUAAAAAAGAAAGUAGGAGGAGCAGCACAAGAAAAGAAAGGAGGAGCAGUGCAAGAUUUGGUGUACUCAUGUAAUGUAAGUUUCCAACUGGCUGCAGUAAUUAAACGUGCAUUGCCUGAAGAAAAACGUGCAGUAUUAGGGGACCUUUCACCAAAUUGUAUUGCAGAAAGACUGGUGUUGACAAUGGAACAUCAUGGAGAAAUAGCUGGUUUUGCAGUGAAAGCCUGUAAUGGCCAUCUGAACUUCUACUCAGCCACUAUUCAGCCAAUUCAGAACCAUACUAGCAUUGAUACAUGUGCACAAGCUUCUGAUAGGCCGACUAGCUCAAAACAAAGCUCUGUGAACAAAAAUGAUGCAAGACAUGGUAAAAAAGCAAGAAAGCUGGAAUUUAAGAUGGCAAGAUCGCAUUUUGACCCUGAGGAGUUUGCUUUGUACCAAAGAUAUCAGACAAAAGUUCACAAGGAAAAGACAGUUACGGAAAGCUCAUACAAGAGAUUUCUGGUGGAUACCCCAAUUGUACCUAUUCGCCCAAGGAGUGGUGAUAAUACAGUUCCGCCAUGCGGUUUUGGUUCAUUUCAUCAGCAGUAUAGAAUUGAUGGAAAACUUGUGGCAGUUGGUGUAGUUGAUAUCCUUCCGAAAUGUCUCUCAAGCAAAUAUUUGUUCUGGGAUCCUGACCUUGCUUUCCUAUCUCUUGGAAAGUAUACAGCUCUAAAGGAAAUAGAUUGGAUCAAGACAACACAGAAAAGUUGCCCCAGUCUUGAGUACUAUUACCUUGGUUAUUAUAUACAUUCCUGCAAUAAGAUGAGAUAUAAAGCUGCAUAUCGACCAUCAGAACUUCUCUGUCCAGUCCGUUAUGAGUGGGUGCGCUAUGAUGCUGCAAAACCAUUACUAGAUAGGAGCCUGUAUUCUGUUCUAUCUGAUUUCUCCACCAUGGCGCAAGAUGAAAUCCCCCAACCACACGCUUGUGGCCCUUGUGACGAAUCUUCAGCAAAAAAUGACCACAGUGAGACUCCUAUUGACGAGGAUGAUGAGGACUCAGAGUCGGACUACGACGAAUCAGACAUGAUGGUUGAUGAAGAGAUGGUUCAUUCAGAAUCCAAAGGUGAUACAGCUGAGGACUGUUCUGGCGUAGAUGUUGAAAAUGUUAUCAUGGACCUGAGCGGCUCUCGGGUUAAAUACAAGGAACUUCACAGCGUUGUCGGGCCGAUCGAAAGGAGACACCUGAGUGAGCUGGAAAGGCAGCUGAGCCGAUACGCGAAAGUCGUUGGGAAGGAGCUGUCUGACCGUAUCGUCUAUUCCCUUAGCUGAGCAGCAACCAUUCUUCAGGGGCAACGCAGCGCAGCCGUCCGAAACUCCUCUCCGAGUGUCUGUGCAAGUCAUGUAGAGAACCAGAUAGUAGAUGGCUAUGAUGCUUUCGUUGUCAAUCGAUUCAUAAAGACGUCUCUCUUUUGGCUCCAGUGGCAAUUGCCCGGACAGCGACUUGUGCUGCGCCACAAGCGAUUUGAUUUGGACGCGUACAUGGUUGUUGAAAUUAUCACAACGGAAAGCGCAUGCGUACAAGUAUCUCCUCUGGUUCCCCGGUGCUAUCUUCUGAAUAUGGUGCUGUUUGUUUGGGCU